GCUGCGGCGCUAGAGGACCCAUGGCGACCUUGAAGCUCUCAGUUUGCAUCUUGAGUCGCAUAGCACACGUACCACCACUAACACCACGAUGGCCAUGGAUGGACUCCGCAAGAGCGCGUCGUCGCGCAACCUGAGCCAGCUCGCGCAGCAGCUGCGAGGACUCGAACCCGCGACGCCAGCCAAGCCGCAAGUGCAGCGACCGCCGCGCCAUACCAACGUGCCCACCCGGGAGAUUGCGCAGCUCACACAGUCGCUCCGCGUCCGUGCAUGA